UUACACCGUGCUUCCAGUGUUCCAGAACAUGUUUAUAACAUGGGGAUUACUGAAAAUGAUUUUGUACCAAGAACUCCAUAUGGUUUUUCAUAUUAUCAAUCAAACCAGGUGGCUUCACCAACUGCUUAUACAAAUGGCUGGGGGACUAGAACAACUUACAGGUCAAUGGAAGAGAGAUCUCAAAGGCAACCUCUGAAGAGAUUAGAGAUUUCUCCCCAACGAGGCCCUGAGAGAUUGGUAUAUGUGUCCAACGAUUUUCACUAUGACAGAGGAAUUCCAGCCGAAUUUUCUAUGAGACAUGGAGACAGCAGAAGAUCCAACAUGACUGUCCCACCAAGAUAUGCUCGAUCUGAGAUUAUUGGUUAUACUUUUCAGGAUUCGGUGAACAGGGGACGCUCUCUGAAAAGGCAGUCCCACAUGGGAACCAUUAAUGGCACAGUCUUUGAUGGUGUCCAUUCGAGCCCCACUGUACCUCUGUACCGGCAAGGAGGCAACAGCCGCAGUAUGACCAAUCUUUUGGAGAAAGAGAACAACCAGUCCCCAGCCAAUGCAACAGGACAAGUCAGAUCACCAGUUACGUCCUAUUUUGGGUCUCAGAACAGGCAAUCUUUGAGGUCCAGCUGGCACCAAACUACUUUCAGAAGCACACAGAACAGGAGGGAAGCUUCUCACCCAGCUUCAGUAACCAGUGUUACUGCAGAAACAGAUGGGAAGCGAUUGCCAUUGACAGCUGCCUUGGCAGCAGCCAGCAGAAAUGGUCUCCUGCCGAGUGAGCAAGUCACCAUCAGUGGAUCUCAGCUAGGGAGCCCAGAAGGGGAGAUGACUCUAGAGCAUGCAGUCAACAUAUUGAAGAGUGAAAAUACACAGUCACCAGCUAGGAUACUUCCUGCAGUGACUUUCAUACAGCAUGAAUGUUUCCAGAAAGCAGAAGCCAGAAGAAAAGUUUUCUCACUUGGUGGUAUCCCCAAACUUUUACAGCUUCUGGACGUUCAGAAUGAGGACAUUCAGCGGGCAGCAUGCGGUGCUCUGAGAAACUUGGUGUAUGAAGACAAUGACAACAAGCUGGAAGUGUCAGAGCAGAAAGGGAUUCCACUCUUGCUCCGUGUACUCCGAUACACCCAGGAUGUAGAGACUAAAAAGCAAAUAACAGGUUUGUUGUGGAAUUUGUCCUCCAAUGACCAGCUGAAGCACCUGUUGAUCAGAGAAGCCCUACAGACACUGACGGAAACUGUCCUCAUUCCCUACUCUGGCUGGCCAGAUAGAGAUUAUCCAAAGUCUAGUGUCUUACCUGACCCUGAUAUAUUCUACAAUGCCACGGGAUGCCUGAGGAACAUGAGCUCUGCUGGCCCAGAAGGAAGGAAAAAGAUGAGAGAAUGUGAUGGAUUGAUUGAUUCUCUUGUGUAUUAUAUUCAAGGAGCUAUUGCAGAUCACAAGCCUAAUGACAAGGCCACGGAGAAUUGCGUGUGCAUUCUUCACAAUCUCUCCUACCAGCUGGAGUUAGAACUCCCCGACAGAUAUGCCCAAAGCAUCUAUAUGCAAAGAAGAAAUAUCUCCACCAAUGACAAAACACCAGGCUGUUUCGGAACGCGGAGCAGAAAAGUGAAAGAGAAGCAACAGGACACCCCACUACCGGAGGAAAAGAGCAGUCCCAGAGGUGUAGAAUCGCUCUGGCAUUCCACACUGAUCAGGAUAUAUCUUUCCUUAAUAGCAAAGAGUACCAGAAACUAUACCCAGGAAGCAUCCCUGGGAGCACUUCAGAACCUCACAGCUGGCACUGGACCAAUGCCAUUGGCGGUGGCCCAGACUGUAGUUCGGAAGGCAAAUGGCCUUCCAAGCAUUCGAAAUAUGUUGCACGUUAGCAGCCCGACAGUCAGGAAAACGGCGGUCUCAUUGCUCAGGAACUUAUCUCGCAACACCUCUCUGCAAAGUGAUAUAGCUAGAGAAGUUUUGCCGGAUUUGGUCUCGAUACUUCCUGAUUCUGUCCCCGAGUCUGAUAUUGCUUAUGAGACCGCAGCUGCCAUCUGCUACACCUUGUACAAUUUGACACAGAGCAGCUCCCACAACGCACGGCUUCUCCUGAACACUGGCGGCCUACCAAAGAUUAUGACCAUCAGCAUGAGUGACAGUAACACAUUCAGCAAAGCCAGCAGGGCUGCCUCCCUCCUCCUCUACUCCUUGUGGUCACAUACGGAUCUCCACAGCGCUUACAGAAAGGCUGACUUCAAGAAGACAGAUUUCGUCAAUAACAGGACCACAAAAGCUUAUAACUCUCUGAAAGAUUGAAUCCAAUAAUCAGGCCACUGAAGAGGAGUGAGAUGAUAUGUCAGUUAAUAUA